GAGCUGACCUGCUCUCAUACUUGCGGCAUGUGCAGUGGCUGCGCAGGGCUGGUGGCCCUUCCCUGAAGACCCUGGAGCCCGAGCUGGGUGCUCUGCAGGCUCGGCUGGACCGGCUCCUGCGAAGGCUGCAGCUCCUGGCACCAUGAACCGGCUUUGGAACGUCCGGCAUGCCCAGCAGCACCAGGGCCCUCCAAAGUGGGUCCCCAUUCUGGGGGAGCUACAGAAGACCCUCCAGAAGGGCGAGUACCUGCCCCUCCGCCCGCUGCCCAUGUUCGAGAGUAACUUUGUCCAGGUCACCAAUCGCGGGGGCCCAGUGUUCGUGCAUCACAGAGCCAACCGGCUGACCAUGGGUGUGGCUGCAUCCCUGCCCGGCCUGAUGCUGCCCGACAUCCUGCUGAUCGCUCAGCCCCCAGAGGGCAGGGACACCUCGAGCCUCAUCCUGACCAGGAUGAUCCCACUAGACCUUGUCCACCUAUAUGUCCAUGAUCUGUCCUCCUGGCGCCUGAAGCUGCGCCUGGUCACUGGCCGCUGCUACUACCUGGAGCUGGAUGCUCCUGACCAUGAGGUGGGCUUCCUGUUCAACCGCUGGAUCCGUCUCAUCAACCUGCUUCGGGAGCCUGCCACCACCUGGGCCCCCAGGACCCUGCACACGCCCCCCCUGGAUAUGUCCUUGGCCACAGCGCCUGCCUCCACCUGGCAUCUCCAGGACCAAGCCCACAUCAAACGUACAGCUCUCUCUCCAGUUGCAAUUGCUGAGCCCACCUUUCCUUAUAAGAUGCUGGCCUCUCAGAAGAAGAAGAAGAAAGCCAAGGCCCUCAAGCGAAGAUUCAAGUCUCAGGCUGUGGGUGACUCCGUGCCUCUCGUCUGGUCCCAGCUAGAGCAUGCAGGCGAUAAGAGGAGAGACACAGAAAAGAAGUCCCACCCAGACGCCCACCCUGACAGAUCCGACACCCAAAUCCACAUUUCUGGGAAAACCAGCAUCACCAUUCGCACCAUCUUCAGCAUCAUUUCCAACACCAUCAACCAGUCACAGUCCUCUAAGCCUGUCACAUCUGAGUCUGAUGAGGCCACAGGCAAGGGAGGUGUGAUUAAAAACCCUUCCCGCUGUAUCUCGAACGAAAGCCCUGAUUUCACCUUCCCGGGCUCCUAUGAUCACUUAGAGACUCUGCUGUGGAAGCAGGACAUUGAAGAACUAAUGGAUCCGGAGUCCAGCACUUUGUCCUCCUCCUCCUUGGGUCCAUCUCCCUACCCUCCGCCCAGGUACCUCUUUCCAGCUCGUAUCUCUUUUCCUGGGCCCCGCGACAAGGCCAGGAAUAUGGGCUCCCGGCAGGGCCAGGGCCCACCACUCUCCCAGAAGGCCGCAUCCGCUCCAACCACGUCGCUGAAAGCACCGUUCAUCGUCGACCAGUCCCACAAGGUGCCAGCUGUACCUGCUCCAUCCCGGAAGGCCCCAGCUUCUCGUGCUCCAGGCCGGAAGGCCACAGCUGGAGGUGGCCCAUCACAAAAGAUGCCACCUGCGUCAGCUCUUCCUCAGAAGACCCCAGCCAUACCUUACCCAUCCCGGAAGCAUCCAGCUGUAUAUUUCCCUCCCCAGAAGACCCUACCCCCAUCUCAGAAGGCCCUGCCUGUAUCUGCUGGUCCCCCUGUCCCAAAUAAGGAAUCUCUGUUCCCACUUGCCCCAUCCCAGAAGGCUCCGACCUCACUUCCCCAGUACCAGAUGGCAGGUGGUCCAUCUACCUUGCAGGAGAAGGCCAUUGCCAAGCUAGAUGUGUUGCCAUUGGGGGUUUCUGGGGGACACAUGCUUGAGAGGUCUGAAGAGAAGCCCAAGACCGUAGUCUUGUUGGGAGCCCAGGAGACAAAUAAGGUAGAGAUGAGGACCCAGAUGAUGUCUCUGGAGCUGCCCUUCACCACAACCAAGAAGGAGUCUGAGGACAUCCUGGUCAGCAAAACCCGGGAGCUUACCCUGGAUGGCUUAAAGGGCAGAGGGAAGGUGGAGGACCGGGCCAGCAAGAUGAAGGAGGAGCUGUCCCUGGAUCUGCCUGGCAUGAAGUCCAAGGAGGUGGAGCGUCAGAAGAGAUGGAUCAAGACCAAGGAGAUGGUCAUUGAGGGUCCCCUGCCAGAGCAGAGCAGGCCCUUCUCUGUGGAGGGGCUAGCACUGGCCAAGCUGAUGAUCAUAGCCAACUCCAAAGAGAAGCACUUGAGAAUGCCUGCAGUCUCACUGCCCUCCUGGCUCUCAGUGGCUUCUGGAACAUCCACUGUGUCUACCAAGGCCCCACUGCCCUUCAGUCCCAGCCAGCUGACCCUUCUGGAGAGGCAACCAGUGAUUGUCAAAGAGCAGCCAGAGUCACACACCUGGGUGAAGGAGAACCUGCAGCAGCGAUGGACAGAGAGCGAGCCACCCUGGGACUCGGUGGGGACUUCUAAGAUGACCCUCCACACUGUGCCAACCUCUGACAACCCGAAGGUAGUCAGUAACCCCCAGGUUCCCAUCCCCCUGCCUGCCUUGCCGUGGGAGGACUUGCAGCAAGCUCCCAUUCCAGCAGCUCCCAUCUCUAGGACCUCAGGCUCAGGCAGGACCCAGGGCUCGGUCAAGGCCCCGGGCUCGGUCAGGACCCCGGGCUCGGUCAGGACCCCGGGCUCGGUCAGGACACCAGGCUCAAUCAAGACACAGGGCUCAGUCAGGACCCAGGGCUCAGUCAGGACACAGGGCUCGGUCAGGACACCCCAGUCACCUGGGAGAAUAUCUCAAGAACCUGAAGGGAUGCCGAACCAGCAUCCCCUGGCCAAGGCCAGGUCAUCCUCGGAAAUGCUCCUGCCUGUGCUCUUGGAAGUUGACAAUGUGAGGGAUAUGGUCACCAAAACAGAGAAAACAACGGAAGAACAGAGCGACUUCCAGACUUUGCCCAGCAUGCCGAGUUCCCAGCACUUUGAAUAGCAGGUUGCAGAGAACUUGCUCUCAAUCGGCAAACUGUCCAGAGGAGCCCAGCGGUGCCAGGCCCCCAGGGCGCUGUGCGCCCCUACUGUACGAUGCAGAGUGCUGGGAAGGCCAGGCGGGGGGGAUUUUCCAGCUCCGGUAGAG